ACCACCUUUACCAGAAUUCCAAGAACUUCUUCAACAAUUAAUCUAAGUUGGUCCAACCUCCAUUAAUUUGUGAUCAUCUUUUCCACUUCAAAGCCUUCUCCAUUCAUGCUACUUUCCCAAAGAAACUCCAUCUCCAACAUCCAUGGCUGUAUCUUGUUUCCAACAACCAAGGCCAAGCCUUGAAGAGGACUCCGUCGUCCUCUUCUCCACCUCAAAUUCCCCUGACGAAUCCACCAGCCACUCCUCUUCCUUUUACCACCCUUCGCCGCCACCGCCCGCGAAAACGUCCCAAAAACUAACUGUAAGAAACCUUUCCUAUAGCAUUCAACCAAACAGUUCGUUUUGUCACUUGGGGAAGAAGAAGCCUAAAGCGAUUGACAUACUCAAAUCGGUGUCUUUCGACGCCAGAGGCUCUGAAAUUCUCGCUAUUGUUGGCCCAAGCGGGACCGGAAAAUCGAGUCUCCUUCGGAUAAUAUCAGGAAGGAUAAGAGAGACAGAUUUUGAUGCUAAAAGUAUAGCGAUUAAUGACCAUCCGAUAAUUAGUCCGUUUCAAUUGAGGAAGAUAUGUGGAUUUGUGGCACAAGAAGAUGAUUUACUUCCUUUACUCACAGUAAAAGAAACGCUUAUGUUUAGCGCGAAGUUCAGGCUGAAAGAGAUGAGCUCAAGGGAGAAAGAAGAGCGGGUUGAGAGCCUUCUGCAUGAACUUGGUCUCUCGCAUGUUGCAGAUAGUUUCGUUGGAGACGAGGAGAACAGAGGAAUAUCCGGUGGAGAACGGAAAAGGGUUUCGAUUGGCGUUGACAUGAUGCACAAUCCAUCGAUUUUACUCUUGGAUGAACCAACUUCAGGAUUGGACAGUUCUUCAGCUCUUCAAGUGAUUGAGCUCCUCGCUUCAAUGGCGAAAGCAAAGCAAAGGACGGUUGUGAUAUCUAUCCACCAGCCGGGUUACAGGAUUCUUCAGUAUAUUUCAAACUUCUUGAUCCUUUCUCACGGCUCGGUUGUCCAUAAUGGCAGCCUGGAAUCGCUUGAGGAAACGAUUAUCAAUCUGGGAUAUGAAAUUCCCGUGCAGUUGAAUGCUCUAGAAUUUGCCAUGGAAAUUAUACAAACAUUGGAAGAUAAUUCUUAUUCCAAAAAUUACAUAUCAUCAUAUUCUUACUCCAUAUCUUCAGACGAAGAAAUUGGGUCAAGAGCUCAACAACAUAAGGAGAACUACAGCAAAUACAACGCCAUCUAUCUCCUCAAUCUGUACGAGAUCCUAGUUCUCAUUUCAAGAUUCUGGAAGAUAAUUUACCGAACAAAGCAGCUGUUCCUGGCACGAACAAUGCAAGCUCUUGUGGGAGGAUUCGGAUUAGGAAGUGUGUACAUAAACGUGAGAAAGGAUGAAGCCGGAGUUGCAGAGCGAUUAGGCCUAUUCGCAUUCAGUCUCAGCUUCCUCCUCUCUUCAACAGUCGAAGCCCUUCCCAUUUAUCUUCAAGAGCGGCGAGUUCUAAUGAAGGAAACGUCGAGAGAAGCCUACAAAAUUUCCUCCUAUAUGAUCGCCAACACGCUCGUGUUUUUGCCCUUCUUAUUUACAGUAUCUCUUCUAUUCGCCGUCCCCGUUUACUGGAUCGUAGGCCUAAACCCGUCCAUUUCCGCCUUCGCAUUUUUCACCUUCGUGGUUUGGCUGAUCGUUCUGAUGGCGAGUUCUCUCGUUCUCUUCCUCAGUGCAGUCUCUCCCGACUUCAUUUCAGGGAACUCUCUAAUCUGCACAGUUCUCGGAGCUUUCUUCUUGUUCUCCGGCUACUUCAUCCCCAAAGAAAACAUCCCGAAAUACUGGUUGUUCAUGUACUACGUUUCGCUUUACCGAUAUCCGUUGGAUUCGAUGCUGACGAAUGAGUAUUGGAGCGUGAGAGGAGAGUGUUUUUCAUGGGGAAUUCAGGAUCAUUCCGAGUGUUUGCUUACGGGAAACGAUGUGUUAAGGAAUCGAGGGCUUGAAGAAGACGGGCGGUGGAUGAAUGUUGGGAUAAUGGUUGGGUUCUUUGUGUUGUAUCGCAUCCUUUGUUGGGUCAUUCUGAUUCGAAGAGCUUCAAAAACUACCAUUUGAGAGAGCUUGUGUUUGUUUGUCUUAGAUAUUUGUUUUGUUGAUAGUUAUAUUUGUUGGAUUUAGUUUCAUAAAAUAAGUUGGUUUA